AUGAGGUUCACCCUUGCUUCCACCCUUGUGGUGUCGCUCGCGGCGCAGGCCACCGCUAACAGCUGGUUUGGCAAGACGGUUUACGACAAGUGGCACGAGACGGAGCUCGAGCGCUGGCUGUCAGACCACGGCAUUCCCCACCCAUCGCCUUCGGACCGUAAGAACCUCCAGAAGACGGUGCAGGAUAACUGGAACGACAAGAUCAUCACCCCCUACAACAGCUGGGAUGCUCAGUCAUUGUCCAACUACCUGACCGCCAAGGGCCAGCAGGCGAAGAAGGGUACCGAGAAGGAUGCUAAGAGUCUCGCUGAGCAGGUCAAGGUCUACUGGACCGAGACUGAGGACUCUGCAAACCAGGCCUAUGGCAGCGUCAAGGAGUGGAUCUUCGACUCCUGGUCCGACUCUCAGCUCAAGGCUUUUGCCGACAAGAACGGCAUUCCUGUUCCCCAGCCUCGCCAGCGUGACUCUCUCAUCAAGGCUGCCGCCGCUGACAAGAUUGGCGAGACUGCUGCCUACCCCGGUGACUGGCUCUACUCCUCCUGGCCUUCCACUCGCGACUCUCUGAUCGCCAGCAUCCGCCGCCAGUCCCGCCUUGCUAGCCAGAACGCCCAGGGCACUUACGCUCAGGCCUCUUCCUCCGCCGCCGCCGCCCAGCAGAGCCUCAGCGACGCUCUCUUAGACUCCUGGUCUGACAGCCAGAUCAAGCAGUGGGCUGACAGCAACGGUAUCAAGGUUCCCCAGGGCUCCAAGCGCAACGAGCUCCUUGCUCUCGCCCGAAAGCACCGUGCCCGUCUCUACGGUGACAGCGCAUCUGCUACUGUCGAGUCUGCUUACGGCGCUGCUACCUCCCAGGCCGGUAACCAGUACAACGCUGCCACCAACGGCUUUGCCGGUGCCACCAACUGGCUCAAGGCCCAGAUCGGCCUCGCCUCUGCUUCUGCCGUUUCUGCUACCGAUGCUGCUGGAUCUAGCGCCAGCUCUGCUUCCGUCCGCGCUGCCUCGUCUGCCAGCUCAGCUUCCUCGCUCGCUGCCAAAUCCGCCAGCUCUUUGACCGGAGCUGCCGGCAAAGCAGCAUCCUCUUCGUCUUCCUCGAUCUCCAAGUCACUCGCCAGCGCUUCCUCUGUUGCCGCUAAGAGCGCUUCAAGCGCCGCAUCUGCCGCUUCCAAGUCUGCCGACAAGGGCUACAAGGAGGCCGCCGCUUCUGCCAGCUCUGCCUCCAAGAAGGCCAAGGAUGAGUUGUAA